CAAAACUUCCCCGAAUGCACGCAGGACCUGAUGCAGACGGAUGACUGUGCCGCGGUGAUCGAUCCGGUCGCCUGCUACAACGAGUUCCGCUGGAGCACGCGCACGCUCCAAUGUAUCGAUGGCACUGAUGAUGCCGACAGGAAGAGGAAGGCAUGCAAGUGCUGCAGCUGCGUGGGCCAGGUUAUGUGUAACUGGGUGAAGCAGAGCCGGUACUGU